UCUAACCCUGAGUUCCUAUCUAUCGGUUGUUGUUGUUGAAGCUAUGAUGGCGGCGGCGGGAUGCGGAUCAGCAACCGCGGCUGCCGUAGUGGGCGCAGGCGGUGUGGGCGCGGCGCGGGGUCGCUUCCCCGGUCGGCCUUGGUCGUCGCGGAGCUGUUUGCGCUCGGAGAAGCGAUGGCAGCUCGGCCGCUCUGGGACAGAUGAAGACGAGUGCUGCUCCAGCGGAGGCCCGAGGCCCACCGGCCUGGAGUUCGCGCUAAACGAAGACCCGUCGCACUUGCGCCUUCUCGGUAUAGAGGCGAGUUACAAGAGGCUGGGAGAGGCUGGAUACAGCUCCAGUGGAAGCGAAGAGGGAGCUGAAUUCAAAGGCUUUGUAGGUGAAAAUGCAAACAGUGUUUCCGUUCGCUCUGGACGAAAGCCUCGUAAACGUGAUAAUGCUUCAGCAAAGUCAUCUAAGAGGGUACGUCAGAGGCUGGCUCGUGCAGUGGCUUCAAACACAGAAAACGCAGGUUCACAAGACUGUCAAAAUGAUUCAGGUUCUGCACAGCAAAUCUUCAGUCAAGAGCCUCCAAAAGACACUUUAGUAGGUGGUGGUGGUGGUGGUGAAGGAGGAUCAGAGAAGUCUUCUAAAACCAGGAGAAAAAGAGGGUCAACAAAACAGGAGACUAAAUCAACUCAGAGGAUUACCAUCAAAUUGGUGACUAAAAAGACUGUGACAGCAGUCCCGUCAUCGCAACACAAAUCUGUUAAAAAGCAGAAGGUAAUCAAAUUCAAAUCUGAAGCUGUGGAGAGUCAAUGUGUCCAAAUCUCAAGUGCUCAUGUGAAAUUAAAGACUAACAUACCAGCCAGUAUAUGCACAGCUAGUGAGGCAAAGGAGGAGGUUUGUACCAGAAGGCGAGGAAGAUCUGCUGACAAGAAAUCAGAAUAUAUUUCACAAACAGAUCCUGAAAAAAAGGCCAGUCACCAAAAACUGAAGCUGAGGAAAUCAACUCGACGGACUCAAAAUUCACUGCCCAGUGAAAGUACAAAGCCAAAAACUGAUGAGAAGUCAGGACAAGAGGGCUCUGAAGUAAAUAAGCUUGUGAUAAGGAGACAACGGAGUAAGUCCUCAAAUUUUAUAAAGGAAUCUGGAGACCAGAGUUUGGCAGAGUCAUUGUUGGAAGUCUCAACAGUUGAUGAAUCCAGGUCACCUUCCAAAAAGAAAAAGGAAAAAAAGAAGAAAAGGAAAAAGAAUCAUAAGGAAUCCAAAAAGAAUCAGGAUUCCCAUUUACAAUCAGCAACUGAUCUUGGUCACUCAGCAGCUGAUCCUCAUGGAAAGUUCUCUUUCGACAGUGAUUUUGUUGGAAUCCCAGGUUUGAAAUUGACCAGAAUACGAAACCCCAAAUCCCGAUCUAGCAAGAAACGCUGCAAGUUUGUAUGGACUCUUACACUAGUAAAGAGCAAAAGCAAAGAUACUCAUGUCCAAGAGAAUCUAGGCAAACCACCAGACAGCAAAAAGAAAGAUUCCCAAGUCCAAGAGAAUCUAAGCAAAAUGCAAGAAAGCCCUUGCAAAGAGACAGAACCUUGUAAAUCUGAAGAGGGAGUAAUUGUUUCUACAGAAGAAUCGACAUCUACUCCUUCCAACACACUGGAGACUGGCACUUUACAGGGGCCAAAAAUCUUGGAAAACACUGCCAGUACUGUAACUCCUGAAAGCCCAGAAAACCCAGUGACCAUUGAGAAGGUUGAAGAGACCUCGAAAAAGGAAAAUGCAGAGGUCUUUGAAAGGUCUGAAAUUGUCAAAGAAGCACAUCCAGAUGAGGCCACUCAGACGGACCCUGAAAAACUGAUCAUUAAGGAUAUUGUUCCACCACUUCAAAUAAAGGUUGUCUCCUCACCAGGCAAAAACAACAGUUUGAAGCAAUCAUUUUUAGUUCAGCAAGUCACAACGUCACCUGAAAUAAAAGAACUCCCUGCAAAAGUGGAAGACCAUCAGCAUCUCGAGAAGAUUGAGAGCUUAUUGGAAAUUACUCCACCUCCUUCAGUCCCCAAAGUACAGAACAGACUACGGCAAAACACUGCCCGGAAGAAGCGUGCAAAACAUAAACACUGGACAAUUUACAGACGAAAAGUAAAAACAAAUCCAUCUCAAGAAAACUCUACUUCUGAAAUUGUAACUGAAAAUGAAUCUCAGGAGGAGGAAUCACCAAUAUUGCCAACAAUAGUGCCAGCAUCUGUAGAAUCAAAACCAAAAAUGGAAACUGGUGAAGUUGGGCGGAAAAGAGGAAAAAAGUCUAUUCCACCAAGUACGGAACCGUUUCCUGAAGCAACCGAACCUCAGGUAAUUGAACAAACUGUUGAAUCAACUCCAACCAGUCCUUUCCUUGGGAAGGAGGCCCAGCAGGAGAUUAAACUGGAGGAGACCGCAUCAACAGAGACUAAAGAGGUUCUGGUUUUAGAGCCUUCGGUGAGAGAUCAGCCACAGGUUCCUCAUCCUCUACACAGGCGAAUUAAACAAGCCCGACGUAGACGAAGGGUUUUGAUUGGCCGCAAGUUAAAAAAUCCAAGGCUGCGACACAAGGAGUUGGUUGAGGUUAGUGAAGAUUGUCCACCAACAAUUGGCUCUGAAGAAGCGGAGCCUACACUUGUUGGUAUAUUUUCAACAAAGUACAAGAGGAAACAAAUUUCGAGUAUUCAGUCCAUAGAGGGUAAAAGAAAAAGAGUCAAGCUCUUAUCCAUGCCGUUGAAGGACACCAAUGGAGAUCAUUUGUCUGAUCAAGCAGAAAAGGAUUCUCUGAAUGAAAAACUGAACCAAGAUCAAGAUGUUCAAGACAUUCAUCACAGCAAAACGAAGUUCAUGAAGAACAUACGGCACUUCAUAAUGCCAGUUGUAAGUGCCCGAUCCUCUCGGGUGAUCAAAACGCCAAAGAGGUUCAUGGAUGAUGUUGGGAUGUCUAAACUGCCUCGUAGGAACUCCCAAAAGAAGCUUGGUCUACAACCGAGAUCUAAGAAGCAAGAUUCUGGUGAAAGAGGUGAUUCUGGAACCCUUCAAUCUCAGGAUGAAGAAGAUGAUCUGAGUGAAACUCAGACUGAUCUUGAUUUGUCUUCCAUUUGUGAAUCAAAACCUAAAUCACCUGAUGACACAGAGAGCCUCAGUGCCGAAAAGCCAUCUGGGAAAAGACGAUCACUCCUCAGAAAUCCUGGUUUCAAAUGGCAAGCACUGGAGCCGACCAGCGAGGACAUUUAUGCCUUCGAUGAAGACCUUGACAAAGAGUUGGAGACCUUGCUAUCUGCCAAAGAUUUUACAGUGGACACAUUUCUUGAUCCUCUCCAAAAGAAGAGAAGAUCCACAAAGUUCAAAGCCCAAGCCUCAAAAUUGAGGCUAUACAAGAAACUGAAACUCAAACAGAGCCUCGCAAGGCGUGAAAAGACCCCAACAGAUGAAAUGGGGAAAGCUGUUUCAUCCCCUGCCAAGGCACAAAAGAUAGAGUUGGAAGAAGGAGCCAGUCUAAUACAGUCCCUCAGAGACAUGAAAAAGGAAAAAGCUAAACUUAAGAUUGAGGAUCUCAACACCCCUGGGGUUGUUCGCAAGGUCUCCAUCUGUGUCCGAGCUCUGAGUUCCAAGUUGCUGUCGCAACACCGGGCAAGAGAUGUACAAGAGGAUGAACAGCCAGAUGAAUUCUCCAUUUAUACAGACAUUUCACUUCCCAAUAAAUGCAAAGACUUUGAGAAACUGCAUCUCACAGAAUCAGAAGGUCUGAUUUCUGAGGAAGCUGAGGAACAUGCUGUUGAGGAUAAAACCACUUCCCAGCGUCCUCGCCUUACAGUAGCUAACAAGCGCAUGUUCAACCUUCUGAAGAAAGCCAAGGUUCAACUCAUCAAAAUAGACCAGCAGAAACAGCUGAAAUCAUCUGGGCUCUUACCUGAGAGUAGAAUCACCUCAACAAAAAGGCAGAGGCGAAAACAGAAGGAACGCAUUGAAAGUGCCUGUCCUAACAAGACUGACGCCUCUCCAGAGCAGGAGCCUGGCAGAGGAGGACCUCGCAUUAAACAUGUAUGCAGAGCUGCAGCUGUGGUUUUGGGGCAGCCUCGUGCCAUGGUUCCCGAUGACAUUCCCCGACUCAGUGCGCUACCCCUGCACGAGAGAUCAGACAUAUCCCCUUCACCUGCAGAAAAAGGUGUUGAGUCGCACUCUGACCCAGAAAGCCCUGUGCUACAAGAACACAGAACACCAAAGUUUCGCAAAGGUAGAGCACACUUGUUUGGGCCCCGGUCCCGAAGGUGUGGUGAGUGCAAAGGUUGUCUCCAUGAAGAGGACUGUGGCAAGUGCAUAAACUGCCUGGACAAACCCAAGUUUGGUGGUCCCAACACAAAACGGCAGUGCUGCGUAUACAAGAGAUGUGACCAAGUUGAGGAAAGGAAGGCCUUGAGGCUGAGUGGCAAGUUCCAAAAAGGGCACAAGAAACGACGUUCAUCGAUCAGUGUGGGUUACUCGAGUAAUGAAGAGGGUGAGGUCACUGAUGGAGUCGGACGGACGUUUCCACCCUCUCUAGGUGACAGUCCAUCUGUGCGGAAACAGCCACGGCGACACGUAAAACCACGGUCCUACUGUGACCAGCUAGAUUACGAUUCUGACUUCGACUGGAUUGGAGGUUCGAACUCCACCUCCCAAGCCCGUAGGAGAACUCCUGGUCUUCGCAAUGCAGAUUUUGUGUCAUUGGAUGACUUCAUUGGUGACGCGUUUGACGAGGGAGUGCGGCACCGCCGCCCUGGCUUCCACAGAGGGCAACCUAUAAGACGGAAAUUUGACAAGAGCCCUUAUGAACAGACUCCACCCAGUGUCCUAGCGGCGCUCGCCAACGGUUUUGAACAGAGAGAGCAGGAGCCUGCAGAACCAACACACAAGAUCUGCGUCGAUUUCAAGGAGGACUGUAGUGUGCAGAGCGUGUGGGCAACAGGUGGCCUCAGCAUUCUCACCUCUGUACCCCUCGUGCCCCAGUACGCCUGCUUGCUGUGUGCCAGUAAAGGCCAGCAUGAGAUGCUGCAUUGUCAAGUGUGCUGUGAGCCUUUCCACCGAUUCUGCUUGGAGCCCUCAGAGCGCCCCCUGGAGGAGAACAAGGAGAACUGGUGUUGUCGCCGCUGCAAGUUCUGCCGCGUUUGUGGUCGCAAGUACAAAGAAUCGAAGCCUCUGUUGGAGUGUGAAAGGUGUCAAAAUUUUUAUCACCCUGCCUGUCUUGGUCCCAACUACCCCAAACCCAACAAACGAAAGAAGCCAUGGGUGUGCAUGACAUGCAUCAGGUGCAGAAGUUGCGGUGUGACCCCAGGAAAGACCUGGGACACUGAGUGGAAUCAUGACAAGGGUCUGUGUCCUGACUGCAUGAGAUUGUUUGAUCAAGGGAACUACUGCACUAUAUGCUUCAAGUGUUAUGAAGAUAAUGAUUAUGAUAGUCAGAUGAUGCAGUGCUCCACAUGUAACCACUGGGUCCAUGCUAAAUGUGAAGGUCUGACAGAUGACUUGUAUGAAAUCUUGUCUAGUCUACCUGAGAAUGUGGUGUACUCUUGUCAGCCCUGCUUACAAGAUCAGCCUGAUGGAGGUGAAGUGAGCGGAGCAGGGUGGAGAGUACUGCUUGAUCAGGAGCUGAAGUUGGGGUUAGAGAGAGUGCUGUCUUGCCUGCUGAGCUCCACCCUCACCAAACACCUUGUUGUAUGCAAGAAGUGUUCUUCACUGGGUUCUCCAAACACUUGGACUGAAGCCCUGACUGUUUGUGACUUGCGUGCAGUGGGAAAGAAGUUUGAUGAAGGCUUGUACACAACUCUGAAUUCCUUCCACGAUGAUGUGGUGAAGGUUAUUCGCAGUCAUUUGGAGGAAGAGGAAGCUCUGCCAGAGGAGCAAAGGCCCACUGCCCUCGCCCGCUCAUUCUAUCUGACGCUCUUAGAGGAAGUUUACAGUUGGUUCAACAGUCAGGAUCCGAAAGUGUGGGAUCCACGCUCCAAACAUCUGCCAGCUGGGAUGCUUUCACAUGCUGUGAUGCCACCAAAUUAUGAACAUGUUUAUGCUCAAUGGCGCGAGAGGGAUGGCUGUAGUAAGGCAUUGGACGGCACCCCACAUGUGACUGGGGGACACACUGAUGUUAAGAUGGGAGAAGAACCAGAUCUAUCCACACCUUUGGGCCAUAACCAAAGUCACUAUACGGACAUGAGGGCAUUAAGACUGAAACUGAAAGGCAAGAAGGGUCGACCAGCUAAAGCAGACCUGGACACAGUUUGGUCAAAAGAAGACAAGAGGCAGUGCGUUCUGUGCCAAAAAUAUGGUGAUGCUAAGGCCAGUGAUGCAGGAAGGCUGCUCUACCUAGGGCAGAAUGAAUGGGCUCAUGUGAACUGCACCAUGUGGUCUGCAGAGGUGUUUGAGGAGGAUAAUGGCUCACUUCUGCAUGUUCACAGUGCUGUAGCACGAGGACGUCUGAUGCGGUGCGAACGAUGUAACCGAACUGGGGCAACGGUCGGUUGCUGCCUUACUUCAUGCCAGAGCAACUACCACUUCAUGUGUGCCCGUUUCCGCAACUGUGUCUUCCAGGAUGAUAAGAGAGUCUUCUGCCACAAGCACCGUGACCUUAUAAGUGGAAAAAUCAUCUCUGGUAAAGGGUUUGAAGUACUCCGCAGAGUUUAUGUGGAUUUUGAAGGGAUAAGUCUUCGCAGAAAGUUUUUGACUGGGUUGGAGCCGGAAUCAAUCAAUUUAAUGAUAGGUUCUUUACUUGUAGAAAAGCUGGGAAAGCUAAGUGAAUUAUCGGCUUGUCAUGGAAAACUUUUCCCAGUGGGUUACGAAUGCUCUCGCUGGUAUUGGAGUACUGUGAACCCACUUUAUCGCUGCAAAUACACGUUUCGUGUUAGGGAGGUCCGGCCACCUGUUCAGGAAAAACCAGUGGAAGAGUUGCUUGACCAGGGGGGAAAUUGUACAAUUGCCCACAGUCCAUGCGCCCAGUCAGAAUCUAAAAAUGCGGAAGUGGAUUUGACCUCCACGUCUUCCACAUCUGUCUUUGCCAAACCGUACCUUGGUGCCCGCCCCAAAAUCCCUUCAUAUCCUCAGAACAGAAGACCUGCUGGAGGACUGUACAGACCACUGCCUUGCCCUGGAGCUGCCCCAUCCAAGUCUCACCACAUCUUGACUAUCAGUGAUUUGGAUGACACUCGAAGGCCACGACGGCAUAGUCCACACUCCCAGAAUAGUGGUACCCGCAGUCACGUGACCUCCCCCACUCUUGGGUCCCCAGUGGGCCCAAUUGCAUCUAGAGCAUGUGGUUCCCUCCACUCGAAAACCUCCCAGCCUACCUCCCCAGUUUUCCCCUUUGGUGCUACUGAAAACCUGCUGACCUCUUCAUCAGCUCGUCCCACUGGUCGAAGUGCUUCCUCAGUUCGGGGUCCUGGAAUAAUGAUGCCCCAUUCUACCUCAGGACUGUUCUUACAGUCCACAUGGCAAGGUGGCAUCGGCAGCACUCCUUGCACCAACCGAUCCCUCACCUCUCCCACCCACCUCUCCACGAGAUCACAGCCUUUUGAGUUCAGUCAGUUAGACUCUCUAGAAUUUCCACACAAUUUCAUAGCAUCACCACAAGAGCAUCCAGCAGAAAAUGGUGCCUUGCCAUUUGGAGACUCUUUGGGUACACAAAACCCUUACACCUCCUUCCACAUGGAGGCAGAUUUGACCAUAGCACCUGAACUGAAAGCUGAGCUUGAAAUUGAAGAAACUGUGCUGAAUGAGGGAGUUGCUAUGAACUGCAGUGCGCAAAUUGUAGUUGAAGGUGAAGACAACCAGGAUGACUUCUGGGAGCCAGAUGAAGAGAAAUCCAAAAUGUCUGCCAAGAGAUUGUCUUGUACUGUCAACAAGAGGGAAGACUGGGGUAAUAGUUCCUCUGAUGAGGACAUGGAGAACUACUUCAAUUUCACUCGCACUGUUGUUACUUGCAAGGCUCAAAGGGAUGCCUCUCAGACACCUACAUCUCCAUCGUUGAGGCAUAUUUCCCAACUUGAUGGUGUAGAUGAUGGGGCAGAGAGUGACACAAGUGUAACUAAUAAUGAUAACCAGAGCAUGAAGAAGUCAAAUCAGGCCCAAAAGCCACACAAAUCACCUAAUGCUGAAUCACACGAACAGACAGCCAGCAAUGGGCUAUGUUUGGCUUUUCCAAGUCCUGUUUCUGAUAUUUCGUCAGUUGGCUGUCGGUUAGAACCUUUGUCCAACUCUGACACUCAUUCCUCAGAGGUUAAUGCUAAGCAAGAUUCCUGUGGUAUAAUUCAAACAUUGCAGCCAGACCCUGUGGUAGGUAUACUCCCACAAGACGCUUUGACUAAUUUUGUUGACCCAAACACAGCAUUUUCUACAUAUGGUAAUGAUUACCAAGCCACCAGUUUAGGUGUUGAGCCAGAGAUACCCUUGUUCCUUGUAAGAUGUGAUCCACCUUCACCCAAUGCACAUUUCACAGAGCUGGUCCCAGUUCAGGAAGAUUCUGUUAGUGACCCCCAAGAAUCUAUAGACUCAAAAGAAAUAUAUUUGGAUCCUAGUAGUGGGCACUUUGUAUCUUCUAUGGAUGGCUCUACAGUUAACCCAAACCACUUUCCUGAGGGUGCUCCCGACCUUUCCACGUUGGGCCCAGUUAAUGGUGUUCAGACUCCACUGCAGCAAACUCUUGUUCCUUCUUCAGUGUUUCCCAAAUGUUCAUCCUCCAGUCUCUCUGCACAAGUUCCUUGUCUAACAUUCCCAAACUUGGCACCUUUGCCAGAUAUUCCCCUGUACCCUGUCCAAACUCCUGAGGGCAAGACAGUCUUGCCACCUCUGGAGAGUUUCAGAACCAAACUACAUCCACCUACAGACCCAAGACAUUCUUCCCCCACAGUUCCUGGAGGGUCAAUGCCCUGUGUUUCCACAAAUUUGCAGCAGAAACCAGAGUUAAUGCUCUCUGUGCCAUCAGCCACUGGUGUGCCCCAUGGGACAUAUGGGCCAGUUUCAGGUACAGUGUCUGUUCCGCUGUACCCCACUUACUCACAGCCUAUUGGUUCUACAACAGUCGCUGUAGUUUCCUCAUCCCCCUCCGUGACCUCCCAACCAUCCAUGCAGUGCCAACCAAUGCCUUCUGCCAUUCAGCCAGCCUCUGGUCCAGUUGUCAUGAAUGGGUACAGCACUAUGCCUAUGCAAAGAGAAACUGCCGCAGGACGGACAAUUUCCAUAAAUUUUUCAACCCCCAGAUCAACGUUGGAACCCCAACAACCGUUGGUUACCCAAGCAUUACCAGGUCAUGCUAUUCUCACUGUAAAGGAGGUUGGUGGACCCAAUGUGGAUCCUACUCCACAUGUUUUACUUGUUAAUCGACUUGGUCAGAUUUUUGUCAAGAACCCCGAAAGCAACACCUUCCAGCUGCCGUCUCCAAAUUCCCCUUCCUUCAAUUGUGUCACCCAAAUUGCCAGCCUCUUGCAAAGCAAUGCCUUUUCGGCAACGCUUGCAGCAGCUGGUAACUUGCCCACAGUUGGAAGUGCCACCAUUCCAAUCCAAGUCCCGCAAAUUUUGACUCCAGUGGUACAGACCUCUAAUACCAUUACCCAGCUACUCACUACCAGUAACAGUGGAACUGCUUCAUUACCGGCAGAUGCUAAGAAGCCACGUAGGAGUAAAAAAGCUUCCGCCGAUGGUUCCACAUCAGGAAUAAAGAAGCCUCAGAAUAAGAAAGAGUCUUCCACACCUAGGAGAAUGAAGCAUGCUAGCACACCAGGCCCCACAAGCAAAAAAUGUACAGAGCAAACAACAACUUCCUCGGAUGCAUCUAAUCAAGCAGAAAGUGCCCAGGCUAUUAUCAACCAAGCUAUGGCUGGCUAUUAUGACCCCAACAAGACUGUUUCCCGUAUUCUUAGCCCAUCAUCACCUUGUAACACUACCCCUGUUGGGCGAACUCAAACAACGUGUUCUGUAGUUUUACCCCCAGAUCUCUUUGUCGAACCUGAGGCAACGACUUCCCCACCAGCUACUCCAGGAGCAGAACAUCGACCAAAGCAGGUUCGAAUGAAAAGAGUGUCCUCCCUAUCUGAUCGUAUUGCCACCAAGAAAUCAAAAGCGGACUUUUUAGAGCAAGAACGCUCUAGUGGAUUGGAAGAACAACGCAAGUCAAGCGCAGUAUCUGCUAGGUAUGGAGUACGCAUCAAAACACCAACCGUCAAGGGAAUUCUUGACUUAGACAAGCUAAAUGAAGAGCGAAAUAGUGACUCUGAGAAUGCAAGGCCUGGGCCUUGGGAUCGUCUUUCAAUGCCUCGAAGUGGAGACAGCAACAAGCCAGCAACUUGGGAUUCUGCCAACCGCAGUGCACUAACUGAGUGGAACAAAUACUCAGGGAUGCUGUCCUGCUCAGAUGACGAGAUGCCUCCCUCAGAGAGUGAAGAUCAGAGUCCUCCUAGCCGAGACCAACCCCACCUACGCUUCGAGAUUAUUAGUGAUGAUGGCUUCACUGUAGAGGCAGACAACAUUGAAGUGGCUUGGACAGCUGUUAUCGAGGGAGUUCAGGAGGCCCGUGCAGUUGCUGGUCUGAGGCAGCUGUCUUUCUCUGGGAUGACCGGGGCUCGUAUGAUGGGAAUGCUGCAUGAUGCUGUUGUCUACCUGUUGGAACAACUCCAAGGGGCCAAAAGUUGCCAGCGUCACACCUUCCGCUUCCACAAGCAGGCCAGUCAGGACGACGAUUUACCCAUCAACCCAAGUGGCUGUGCUCGCUCUGAAGUCUACCUGAGGAAGUCGACCUUUGAUAUAUUUAACUUCCUGGCGUCUCAGCACAGACAGCUUCCUGACACUGGCCUGUAUGAUGAGGAAGAGGAUGAAGUUCUUCUCAAAUCGACCAGGCGUGCAACAAGUUUGGAGCUUCCGAUGGCUAUGCGCUUUAGACAUCUGGAGAGAACAUCCAAAGAAGCCGUUGGUGUUUACAGGUCUGCGAUUCAUGGAAGAGGGCUUUUCUGCAAGCGGAAUAUAGAAGCAGGAGAGAUGGUCAUCGAGUAUUCAGGCAUUGUCAUUCGGUCCGUUCUUACAGACAAACGAGAGAAGUAUUAUGAUGGCAAGGGCAUUGGAUGUUACAUGUUCCGCAUUGACGACUUUGACGUGGUAGAUGCCACCAUGCAUGGUAACGCAGCACGCUUCAUCAACCACUCCUGUGAACCCAACUGCUACUCUCGAGUCAUCAACGUGGAGGGUCAGAAACACAUAGUCAUUUUUGCCUUACGGAAGAUAUACCGUGGAGAGGAGCUAACGUAUGACUACAAGUUCCCAAUAGAAGACGCCAGCAACAAGCUCAGCUGCAACUGUGGAGCCAAGCGUUGCAGACGCUUCUUAAACUAAGGAAAAGUUGCAGUGCAACUUCACAACAACGGAGAAGACGGGUAAAAACAUUGGAAAGAGGCUUGACGGGUAAAGGGGGUCCAGGCAGAAGGUUUCUCGGAAAAGAGCAAGGUUUAAUGGAGUCACCACUUCAGUUUGGAGGUCCAUCAACAGGUCUGACGGCACAUAUAACGAGAUUUCAGGAGAAAUGGAAAGGAAGACACCAACUUGCAAGACAUGCAGCUCAAAAAUCUAGAGUUUUGUGGGGAGGCAACAGAGAAAUGGAGGGCUAGCUUUUCUCAGCAGAAACAAACCAUCGAACAGCCAUUGUGGAGGCAUUCGUGUGCUUCAUGUUUUCAUUAUUUUCCAGCCAAUCACUAGAUGUUUAGUCCAAUAGAGCCAUUAAUCCAAGAGCAAAUGAGGCAUGGGAGAAGAUAAAGGGUGAAAAAUUAACCAGGGCCCCUCAAGAAGAUUUUACACUACGCUGCAUCCUUUGUGGUUACUUAAAUGUCAUAUUGGGGAAAAAAAUUAGCUGUUUUGAGUCUCAGACUUACAUAGUCAUGGCAUGUUUUUCUCUCUCUCUUUUUAGCAGUUCAUGAGCAGCAAAGUACAAGCAAGAAUGGCACAAAUAUUGCAAGAAUGUUGUUAGACGUUGGUUGACAGAGUUGUAGUGUAAUUUGUGGCAAAAUUGUGACUCGUGGCAGCUUUUUACAUUUUCAGUGGGUCUUUUUAAAAGCUGAGAGAAAGUUUUCAGGAGGGCUGUUCCAGCAACCAAUCACCUAAUAAACCUUUAAACCUAAAACAAUGAAUAUCCCCCUCCCAUUUUUCCUCUAGCCCACGUUAAAGUGCUGGAUUCUCAAGUUCAUGUGCUUGAGAAACAUUUUAUAGUGUGGACCACAUAGUAUGCAGAAGCUAAGUGGCAGUCAAGAUGCUAAUGAAAUGAUGUAAAUGUAUAAUUGAGAUCUGUUUGUCUAUAGUUUUAAUUCUUGAUCACACAGUCUUGUUUUUAGCUGAGAAAGACUUAACACUGCUCAGGACAACACUGUAUAACCCCUCAGUAUAACCCAUCAAUCCAUUCCUUGUGCAUGGUAGUAAUGGACAUGUUCACUGCAUUUCACUGGUUUGUCUUUGAAGCAUCUUUGCUUGAAAAACCCUACUUUGUAGCAUUUUUUUUUUUUUAUUAUUUAUUUUUAAUUUUUCAUAGCAUUUUUACAGGCCGGUGUAAACCUGUUACUUCAUUCUUUUCGCAAAAGCUUGUUCUUCAUUUUUUGCGCUCGUUGUGUGGCGUAAUACUGUAUAGGUUUUUUAUUUUAUUUUAUUUUUUACUUCUAGUCCACUUGAAGGUCUCCAUGGUGCUAUGCCCUAACAUGAGUCCUGAAAGGGAAACAACUUAGUUCCUCUGACUUGUUAGAGGACCAAAAAAGUACAUGCUGUAUUUGCUUCGUCUGGUACUAAAAUAGCAAAUAUGCUUUCUAACAAUAACAUUGUGCCCAUACAUGUCUAUGGUGUCUUUAUACAAGCAAGGCCCAUACUGAAUAUUCAGACGGUGACGUUUAAGCAUGUUUGUGAUUCGUAUGUCUGAUGAGUUCCUCUUUCGCAAACAAGAGCCUUGUGUCAAAUCGAAAUCAUGCCUGGAGAGUAUAUAAAUAUUUGUAUUUUUUUGUCAAAGUAGAGCACACUACUUAAGCUAAUUGUGACGGCUAAACGCAUACUCUUUGCGUCACAGCUUCUAAAGGUGUGAUGACAUCAUGCAAUAAAAUCAUUUCUUUGCCAUAAUUGUACAUACAAUUGGAGCACUAUCUUGGGAUUUAGAAACUGUUUAAAUGUGUCCUAUAAGAUAUAGGGCUUUGUACUGGUGACUUACAAAAUCUCAUUACUGCAUUAUACUGUGCAGCAGAAAUAUAUCUUAAUAUAUUUAUAGAAGAGUUAUUGAAACAACAGAUGGUAACCUGGCACUCAGCACCUUUUGAGUUGGUUCACUUCUCCAUGCAGAACAAUCAACAAGCUGAUGCCAUUGUUCAUUUUUCAGAGUAUAAAAGAUUGCUGUAGGAGUGUUGUAUUUAUUCCCAUUUGUCUUUAUGGGUAUUAGAUACCCAUAGAUCUGUGCUUUGUAUGUGACCAAGGUCUUAUCGGAAUUUUCUUCAGGGUUUUUCAUUGUUUUUAACCUUUUUUUCCAUUUUCUUUUUUUGAACAUUGUUUGAGGAUGAGUUCUUGCAACGUGGCCUUUUUAAGAGGUGAUGUUUUGAGCCAGCUGUAUUUUUUUUAUUUUUUUAUGUCAUGGUCUUAUUUGUUGGUUUUAUUUGGCUUAGAAAGAGCAGUUACUGGAGCUCACACCCUGUGCAUUUUUUCCCCCAAAAUCACAUUGACAUCAUCUGCUUUAUUCCUUUUACGGGAACGAUCGCAAUCAAGAACCUGAAAUUGUAAUCAAACCUCCCCAGACUUGCAAGGAUUCUACCUCAAGCUGUUCAGGCAACGUCGAGAAAUACUAAUGCAAAACUAGGUGAGAAUAAAAAAUUGUUUGAUCUUUACUGUCAUGCAGAGUUGGCUUGUGUGCAAUGAAGGAUGGAAAGCACUAGUCAGGACCUCCUGUGACGAUGCGCCUCCCAGAGCUUAUUGGGAAAGAUUUGUCUGUUCCUGUGUAGGUUAUUUUAAAAAUGUGUUGGAAAAAGACUUAAAAACUGAAAAAAUGUGUCUUUGCUACCUUGUACAAAUAAACCCUAUGUUUGUAAAUAGUUGUAUACAUAUUUCUAAACCUGUUUAAUUUUUCUAUGCACUUUUUUUAUUUAUAAUGUUUUUUGCUUAAUAAAGAUGUACAAUGUUUGAACAAAG